AUGUACGACUUAGGAAAUAAGCACAGAUUUGAAGUGAAAAGAUGCAUAAAGAAAUAUAGAUUUUGCAUAAUUUUACACGUGCUUUUAGCUGGGCUUCAGCUGUUUACGCCUCGCCCAUUUCUUUUUAUUUCCCAUUUGGUGGUGGUUAUUAUUGGGAUUGACUGUUUUUGCUCCUAUUUAACUUUUAAGUAUUUUUGUUUUACAGUUGUGAAUAUGAUAUUUGGAAUUAGUGAUUUUAUAUGGAUACUGUUUAAAUGUAUAGGAGAAAAUAGAUUUAAAUGGCUGGACUCACAAUACUAUUGGAAGAUAAUAAAUAAUGACAAUAUAUUUUUGGAGUUUUUAUCAACCUCUUUGCACUACAUGUUUGAUGAAAAGAAAAAUUAUGAUGCACCUCAAAAUAUACCCAAAAAAUAUGAAUAUAUAAAAAACUUUUUUAAAUUAUUACCAGUUCAGAAAAAAACAAGUGCAUGGAAAAUUUAUAUAGAAUUAUUUGUAAUUCUAGCUGGGAUCUUCCUAUAUUUUAUUGGUUCUUAUAUAAGUUGGCAGUUAUAUAAAUACACAUUAAACUAUAGUCAAAAUGAUUUACUACUGGGUAAAUAUCCUUACGGUACUUUUCAUGAAGACAAUAAUAAAAAUACUCCAUCAACACAGAAUGAAUUUGUUCCUUUUAUUGGACAGCCAUACCGAAUAUCCGACUUUUUGGAGAAAAAUUAG